UUGUUUGAGCUCUCUCGCGCUGGACUUUGGACUAUUUACACCAGAUAAAUGCAGGAUUUCCUCUUUACGGAACCAAAACAAACCAACGGGAAUCAUUACACACGAUCAAAGUGCAGCCGGUGCAGAGUUGUUGUGUGCGGGAGAAUAAAGGAGCGCGCGCCAUGCCUCUCACGAGGGGGAAGAAGCCCUCUGUCGCCGGGAGCAGGAUCCCCAAACUGCAUGGCACCGAGAACCAGGAGGAAGGCCCCCAGGUGAAGCGGUCCUCCUCUCCUCCGCAGGGGGCCCCGAAGAAGAGGACCGCGUUCAUCGACAUCACCAACGCUCACAAAGUCCACAUCAGCCUUCCGGGGAAGAAGAAGAAGAAGAAAGAGGAGGAGGAAGCGAAGAAGCAGGUGAAGAAGACGAGCGCCGCCUCGCUGUCCGAGAAGAACCUCGCCAACCUGACAAAGUCUUCGUCGGUGAGCUCGGAGGGGACGCCGGCGGCUGAGAGGAAGAAGGAGGAGGAGGAAGAGGAAGAGGAGGCGGCUGCGCAGACGGUCGCGGCGGCUCCAGCAGACGAGCCGGUGGCCGCCGCGCCCCCUGCUGGCGUUGAGGUGCCGGCGCACCUUCAGAAACAACAGGUCCCGGUGGAGUUCGACAUCGACUCUGAGAACUCGGAGGACUGUUACAUGUGUCCGGAGUACGCCAAGGACAUCUUUGACUACCUCAAGCGGAGAGAGGAGAAGUUCAUCCUCCGGAACUACAUGCCGGAUCAGAGCAGCCUGAACCCGGAGAUGAGGGCCAUCCUGAUCGACUGGCUGGUGGAGGUGCAGGAGAACUUUGAGCUGUACCACGAGACGCUGUACCUGGCCGUGAAGAUGGCCGACCACUACCUCGCCAAGACGCCCGUCCACCGGGAGCUGCUGCAGCUCGUGGGCUCCACCGCGAUGCUCAUCGCCUCCAAGUUUGAGGAGCGCAGUCCGCCGUGCGUCGACGACUUCCUGUACAUCUGCGACGACGCGUACAAGCGGGAGGACAUCAUCUCCAUGGAGGCCACCAUCCUGCAGACGCUGUCCUUCGACAUCAGCAUCCCCAUCCCCUACCGCUUCCUCCGGCGCUACGCCAAGUGUGUGAGCUCGGGGAUGGACACGCUGACCCUGGCCCGGUUCUACUGCGAGAUGAGCCUGAUGGAGAUGGAGCUGGUGGCGGCGCGGGGCUCGCUGCUGGCGUCCGCCUGCCUGCUGCUGGCGCUGGUCACCAGGGGCCUCGGGGGAUGGGGUCCCGUCCUGCAGUACCACUCGGGCUACCGGGCGUCGGACUUGGCGCCCGUCGCCAGGAAGCUCCACGAGGUUCUGUCGGCUCCGCCCGACGACAAGCUUCAAGCCAUCAGGAACAAAUACUCUCACAAGGUGUUCUUCGAGGUCGCGACCUUGCCGAUGGUCAGCGGGGACGUUCUGGAGGAAGCGUUAUCCCAGUGAGCCCCUCCCCCUCUAAUUCCUCCUCCCCCAUCCUCACAAAAAAGGAAAAUACAUCCGUGCCUGUCCAAUUUUUUUGUGAGUGAAAAAUAUUUCCCAAUAUUUCUCCGAAACCUGUACAUAACUUGUGAAUAUGUUUAAUAUUUAUACUUUUCCCGUCUUUUUAUAUCGACUAUUGGGAAUAAAUCUCCGAUUCCAGUUUGUGAAAAGAGUUCUGAGUUCGCGGUGCUGCAGGUUCUUUUAACGGCUUCUUUUUAUACGUAUAUACUGUUGCAGUUCAGUGCACAUUUGGCAUUGUUUUUUAAAAUAACGUUUUAUAAGGUUACAAAGGAUAAAAAAAAGUCUUAAUUUGUGUGUGUGUGUGUGUGUGUGUGUGUGACUACGGUGAGAUGUCAGUCAACACUUACUUUUAUGGUGAAUUACACACCAGCCCAAACAUUUCAAUAUGUUUGCCUACAUUGUUGAGGUUAGUGUGUGUGUCUGUGUGUGUGUGUGUGUGUGUGUGUGUCCAUACCUGUACAUUGUCUAUCAUGUUAAUAUCACCAAUGCUAAUUAUUUGUAUAAAAGACGACCGCACGAUGCUAUUUCUAAAUGGCCGUCACGCACGCUCUUAAAAUAAAUUGCUUUGUUUUUUUAUAAAAGUUUCUUCUUC